AUGAAUAAUUCAAAAGCGUCAAUUCCUGGACAAUACGAAGACGAAAGCUGUGUUAUAUAUAUUGGAAAUCUUGAUUCUCGUGUUUCAGACGAAGAGAUCAUUAACCUUUUCUCAAAAUACGGACAAGUAGUUUCGCUUUUUCGUCGGCUGCUCGAUAGCUUUUACCCCAAAGAAAAAUCAAAGACCUUUAAGCCUCCAAGAAAUGGAGUUCAAUACGGUUUCAUCCGAUUUUCUACUCGCGACGGCGUCGAGGCAGUUCUAAAGGAUGCUAAAGGAAUGGUGCUUGGAAAAAGAAAAUUAUCUAUCAAAGCAAGAGUAGUAAAUCCUUCAAAACUCACUGAAAAGAGUCAAAAAAAGAUGACUGACUCAUCAAACUUUAAAACAUCGGGUAACGAAAUCAAACCGGUUACAGAAAACAAUUCUCAAACUGUAGAAAAAAAAGGAAAGCCCGCUUCUCCUAAACCCUUUAAUUCUAAAGCUAUCAAUCCCUUAGAAGUUCAACCCCAACAAUCAAACAAAGCUAACUACACUCCAGUUUCAUCAGACUCAAACUUUAAAGAAGCAGUAUUAUCGCUAGGAUUAGAGGAAUUUAGUAUGCAAGCAGCGCCAACUGCUUUCUCAUCUACGUUCACUUUAACUGUUAUGAACAUCCCAGCUGAAAUGACUCCUAUUGAUUUAUACAAUUGCUUUAAGUCCAUUGGAACGGUUAAAGGGACUGCAGUAAGCCAAUUUACAGAUCAAAAAGGGUACAGAUAUGGAGAGGUUAUUAUGGAUUCGCUUGAAGCAUGCAAAUCGGCAAUUCACAUUCUAGGAGGAUCCCAAUAUAAUGGUAGUAAACUUGAUGUGAGCAUGAAAAAAGCUGCAUAUCCCAAUAAUCGCGUCUUGAACCUAACCCCAUCCACUGAAAACUUAUGGCCAUUUCCACAAGAAAAUUACGGAAAUUCUUACUUUAAAAAUGAUGCAAAUAACCAUGGUAUGACUUGGAUGAUGGGUUCACCUACCAAAGAACGCUAUCAAUGGGGAAGCUCAGCAGAACAAUUCGAUAUUUCUGCUUAUCCUAAAAACAAUUUCCCCAGGAACAACAAUGCACUUCCUUCAAUAUCCCAAUGGGAAUCUUUACAAGCCAAUACGAUGCACUCCGCUCCUGUUGACCCAUGCAAUCUCUAUGUUAAAAAUUUGGAUGAUACUGUCAUUUCAACAAAAGAUCAAUUAGAAGCAUUAUUUUCUCCAUUCGGUAAUAUAACAUCUUCUAUGCUUGCUUGCUAUCCAAACUCAGGCAUAUCCAAAGGAUACGGUUUUGUAGCAUUUCAUCGCAUAGAGGAAGCUAUUGCAGCAAAGGACAGGUUAAACGGCGCAAUGAUUGGAAAGAAAAGAAUUUUUGUGUGUUUUGCCGAAAGAAAAACAGACAGAAUUCGCCGUCUUCAAGAAUUAUUUGCAGACCAAAGGGCUACAAGCAAUAGUUCACCAUCUUCAAUCUUUGUGCGUCCCGAGAAGAAGGUUCCCGUUACUAUAAGAAAACCCGAGGAAUCAGAAAAGACUCCGUUUAGCUCAACUCAGUCUAUUACAAACACUAUUGAAAGUAGCAAGAGCUUGGACGAGUCUAGUAAAACUGAGAAUAAAAAUAAACGGGACAAUGCGAUGGACGAAAACCGUAAUGAGAUUCAUGAUACUGCAACACCCAAGAUAGGCUUGCCAAAGGAAGAAAAAAGAGAAAAAUCCCCUUUGAAAGAGAACUUGAAUUCAACUGAAAUUCCUGCGAGAAAGCGUAUGUCAAUCAAGUCUCAGUCAAUCGCUAAGAACCUCAAAAAAAUUGAGGAAAUGUUAAACCGUAAAAAGCUAAAGAGUUCAUGUUUUGUUCCUCGAGCAAAAGCAACUACUUGCACGACAUUGACAUAUGUAACAGUAGAGCCGAUUCAUUAUCAAGAAGAUGAAUUACUACUUGAAGAUACAUUCCCCAAGGCGAAUCAUUUGAAAGCAGAUCCAGAUAUUUCUUUAAAAGUCAAACAAAUGAGCUCUUCAUUGUAUCAGGAUUCCAAUAAAGAAAACUUCGAAUCUACGGUGAAAGUCGGAAACGCAUCUCCUUCAGCAAUACGAUUAUCACAAUUGUAG